AUGGCGAAGGUCAAGUUCAUCUUUGCUUCUGUGCUUCUCCUGAUCUUAGCUUUCUCUUAUGCAGUUAACUCUGUUGAGGGAAGGCAUUUAAAGAUUGGGAAAACAAAGGAUUCUAACAAGAGACCUAUAACUCCGAGAGAGAAGACUGAAGCUGCAUCAAGAAAACUUGGUGAAAACACCAAUACGUUGCGUAGUGAGCAUGCAAGUAAAACGAUAGUUCAAGUAGCUAUCAAGUUUCAGCCAGCAGGUCUGGUUCAUAUGGAAGCCAUUGAAGUUGCAAACCCUACAGUUCCCUUAAAUGAUUCACAAUCACCUCCACCUCCACCUCCACCUCCACAAGGUCAUAUAGAAGACUUCCGGCCAACGGCUCCUGGUCACAGUCCAGGUAUUGGGCAUUCCGUUCACAACUAG